UCAUGUUGUCUGUAUGUUUGUUAAGCUUGUUGAUGACGGUAAUUAAUUAUUAGGCCUAUCAUGUUUUUAAACAAUUCGGUUGGAAAACAAACGACAUUGAUGUUGUCUCGGGGUAUAAACCCGAGAUCAUCCGAAAGACACUCCAGUGCACAUACCAUACAAGGCAGCCAUUCAAGUGAAAGACACUAUUCCAUGAUAAAUAAAGGUAACAUUUAAAGAAAAAUGCCUAAACGCAAAGCAGCUAAAAAUAAAAGAGGUGGAGCGGCAAAAAAAGAAAGCAUUCAAAGUACUGACAAUGUAGAUGUCACUGGAGAAAAUGUUAUAGAAGGAAAUGUUGACUUAUCUUUGUCUCAAGAAGGAGAACAAUCAAAUGAGCUAACAAAGCAACAGUUAAUUGAGGAAACUGAUAGAGAACUUCAAAAUUCUCAAACUGUUGAGUUGACAAAUUUUUCUGAGGUUGUUCAUGACAGUAAUAACGUAAGCACAAAUAAUUCAGAAUCAAAAGAUGCUUUGGAUAGUAUUAUCGACAAUGGGGCAAGAGAUUUAAAUGAACCUCUUGAAUCUUGUCUUGAACAGGCUAGAAGAGCAGAAACUGAGCAUCCAGAGAAAAUUGAUGCAGAAUGUGAGUUAGAUGUCUAUGAAGUGAAAGGUGCAGAGGAAGAUGAAGAGGAAAUACAAUAUAUAGAUGAGGAAGCAGAAGAAGAGCAGCAAGUCUCAGAUGUUUUGGAGGGUACAAAUAAUGCCAGAAGUGAGGAACUAACCACUUCACUGGGCAUUGGAACGAAAGAUUCACAACUUUUUGGUGACAAAGCUAAAAAUGAAUUCUCAACUAAUUUGCCACGUUUGGGAGUAGUUGACUCAACAGUUGUUAGCAGUGAAAGUAAAAAGGACAAUCCCAAUUCAGCCUACAAAUCUAAAACUCUUGAAACAGAGAGCAGUAAAUUUGAGGAAAUCUCAGAAGGCUCAAUAGACCAAGCUGAACAAGAAGAAGUCAUCAAUGACAUGACAGAUGUCAUCAUUACUGGAGUUACCUUAAAGUCCAGAGAAUCUAAGUCAAAACUGUCUAAAUCCCAUUUUCCUUCUAGAAAAAAAAGGGUGCCCUAUAGUGAGGCAGAAUCUUUAGAAGAAGUGUUCUUUGCCACAGAAAAUGAUGAUUUAAAAAUGCCUGCAGAAGAUAAAGAUAAUGACGACAUAUCAGACAGCAGCUUCUCAGAUCAUGUUGGAACCAACUUAUCUUUGGAAGAAAUCAGUGAUGAUGAUUUGGAACCUUCAAAAAAACGUCGCAAAUCACUUGGGCCAUCUCUUGACAAAAAUGUCAGUCAUGAAAAGGCUGAUAGUGCAAAUAGAUCUUUGCAAGAUAGUUUGUCAAAGUCUGAGCUAAAAUCAGAAAAAGGCAAUGAAAUUCAUGUGGACAGUAAUAAAAGACCAGCUAGUAAUGAGGAUGGUGAAGCAGCAGCUUCUAAACGACAGAAACUUUCAGAAGAGAAAGAUGGGAGGUCCAUUGUUGAUUCAGGGGAGACUAAAUCUGAACAAGUGAAAGAAAGGGAUUCUGUGGACAUGAAGCUGAAGGCAGACAGUCAAGAUAAAAUAGAAGAAGCUACUUCUGCAGCAGCUCUAGGUGAGAAAUUUAAAAGGGAAGAAAGAAGUCCAACAGAAACAUCAAAGCUAAGAAACCUUUCUGGAGGUAGAGUUUCAUCUCAGCCUUCAAAACAAGAUCAGUAUGAUAGCAAAGACAAAGCACCCACAAGUAGAGAUUACCCUGAUCCUCGACGUCGAUAUGAAAUGGUUAAUUGUUCCACACAAACUGAAUCCAAAAUUCUGAAAGGAAAGAUAGUUCAAUGCAACAUCAGUCCCAUUGAUCCAUAUUUUCGUUCAGUUCAAGUGGACAGAAAAGCAGAAGAUAAGUUCCAGAGCUCUAAAUUACUCCACAAAUUUAGACAUCUCCUUCCUUCAAGUAUACCUAACACAAUUUUCUCUGCUAUAACAUCAGUCAAGCCUGCUACUAAAGCUCAGUACUACACUUUUAGUAUGGGACCAGUCACCUUGUCAGACAUGGACAGUCAUGAAUUCAGGGAUGUUGCUGUCAAAGGAGCUGAUAAAUUUCAUUUAACCUUUGAUACACAUUGCCAAGGGAUCUUCCAGUCCACACUUUCAAAGUAUGAGAACAUUUUCAGUCUGAUCAAGAGACUCAAAAAACUAGAGCUGGGUAAUCGCUAUAUGUGUAUGUCUUUUACUUAUAAUUUUGGUCAAGACAAUGAAGAUAAAGUAUGGAAAGCCACCAUAAUGUUUAUGUAUGAACAAGACAUUCAGUUAGAGACUAUUGGCCUGGUAUGUGAUGAGAAGAUAAGAUCCAAGCUUCACCUCCGAGGUCUGCCUAAGGGAGUAAGCAAAGAUUUCAUCAACAUCUUGUUUCCAGAGGCUCUUAGUAUUAACACAAUAUCUGAAACUAAUGAAAGAGUUGUCAGUCUUGGAUUUUCUAAUACAAAAUUGGUGGAAGAAAUUCUAACCUGUUAUGAUUUGGUAAUUGUCAAUGGUUGUCAAGUGAAAAUGACUCAUGCAGAUUUUAAUGAUGUACUUAUUCAAGCAGGUCCAGAGGAGGAUGUUGUCAUCAUUGAUGAAGACUUGUCUUUUGAAAAGUGUGAACUUACAAAGGCAAGAGAUAAAGAAGCAGCUAUUUCAGAUAAAUUAAUACUUCCCCCUGAAAUAGUUAUAGCAGCUACAGAGACUGCUGGGACAAACAGCUGGACAUCUGAUAGUAAAAAUGAAAACAGCAGAGUUAGUGGAACAGAAGAACAAAUUAAUGUAGUUACUGAAGAAAUGUUAACAUCUGAGGUUUCCCAGGUAAUAUCUGAUGAUGUACAACAAGGAGAUAACUUUGAUGCAACAAAAGACACUGUUGUGACCAAAGAAGUUGCUGAUGGAGCAUGUGAAAAGGAGAACACUGAAUCAAGGGCUAGUAUACUGAAUACAUCUCAAGAAAAUGAGACCUCAAAGGAUGAUAUAACUGUUGAAAAAACACAUGUUGAGAAUUCUGAAAGUCCUAUCCACAUAGAUCAGAUAGCAGAUGGAGAAAACAAAGUGGCAGCAUGUGCUGAAGGCACUAGUAAGCUUGGUUCCACCAUUGAUAAUGAAACUGAAUCUAGUUUGAUAGUUGGUGAUUCCUCCAGUGAAGUGGACUCAACUCUUUUGGGUGUUGUUGAAGAAAACAAAGAUAUAGAUGAAUCUCAACAAGGGAAUAAAAGUCAAUCAAAAUCUAAUGAAGAUAAUAAAGAUCACAUCUGUGAAACGGAAGCAGGUCAGUUAAACUCUAAUAAAGGCACUGAAAAAGUGAAUAAAGACCAAGUCAGUGAAAUAGAAGGAGGUCAGUUAAAAUCUGAUAAAGACAAUGAUAAUGUGAAUAAAGACCAAGUCAGAGAAAUAGAAAGAGGUCAGUUAAACUCUGAUAAAGACAAUGCAAAUGUGAAUAAAGACCAAGUCAGUGAAAUAGAAGGAGGUCAGUUAAAAUCUGAUAAAGACGAUGAAAAUGUGAAUAAAGACCAAGUCAGUGAAAUAGAAGGAGGUCAGUUAAAAUCUGAUAAAGACGAUGAAAAUGUGAAUAAAGAACUAGUCAGUGAAAUGGAAGCAAGUAAAUCUGAUAACAACAAUGCAAAUGUGAAUAGAGACCAAGUCAGUGAAAUAGAAUUGGAUCAGUUGAAAGCUAAUAAAGAGAAUACAGAUGGGAACUUGGAAGAUGUAAGUGAUGAGGACACAAUGAAUCAGAGUAAGCAUAAUGUGCUUGCUACUAAAGAAAACCUCAUGGUUGUUAACAUCGAUUUGACAAAUGAGGACUCAGACUCCUCUGAUGAUAUGAAAGGCUCUACAGUCCCCAAUGUUAAACUUUCAGGGAACACUGUCCUUCAUUCACCUAGCAGUAGACCAGAAAAGGAGAAACUGGAAAUGACAGAUGGCAGUCUGCAUGUGUCUAUGGAAGUUAUUGAUGUCAGUGAAGAUGAAGUCCCUGAGAAAAUAAUGUAUCCUAAAUAUGACAAAACUUUGUUAUUGAGGUCAUCAGGAAUGGUAGUAAAAGAAGAGCCAUCAUCAGGUGAUAAGUGGAAAACAGAAUCAUGGAUACGGGCACCACAAGAACACAGAAAGUAUGAUACUUACCAUCCUCCCACAUAUUCAAAGUAUUCUCACAGAGAGGAAUAUCUCUCUAAACCAUCAUUCCACUAUCAGAAAAGGCAUUCUAGAGAAGUUUCUGAGUCGAAAAAAAUGACAGUGGAAGAGCCUUCAAGGUACAGAAUUCCUUACAGAGAAUCCACCACACUAAGAAGAAAUACAUAUAGAUAUGAUGUCAGAAGCCGAAGUCCAUCUCCUAGAAAAGAUUCCAGCUGGUAUAGAGAGACUGAAGGUUACAGACAUUCACGUCCUCAAUACCCACUUGAUUACACCAGCACCAGUAGGAAGUAUUCUCAACCUUCAGCCACCUAUGACAAAUGGCAACAUUACAAUGCUGAGGGUAGAAAGCCAGAUUUUUAUCCUAGACAUGGAGCAGAAACUAGACCGAAGGACUGGGCACCUCGAAGCUCUGCAUACUCUGGUUACAGUACUUGGCAAGAUCAUCACCAUAACACCAGCAGGUCUGGGGAGUACUAUAUGCAUGAGAAUAAAGAGCCCUAUCAGAGAGAGAGAAAAUAUGUCCAGAGAAGAUCUCGUUCUCAGUCUUACUCUGACAUGUCCUCAUCACCAGACCAUCACUCACCUGUAAAGCGUAAAUGGUCAGUGGAGAAGAAAAGUCCAAAGCGUUCCUACAAACACAGCUCAAGAAGCCCCAUAUCAGUCUCCUCCCGGUCCCGCUCACUAAGCCCUGUCUCAAAGUCACCUAGUGUGGGGCGUACACAACAUAAAAUUCCUGUCAAAGAGGCCUUAGUGAAAUCUGUGAAACAGUUUUUACAUUUGGCUAAAGAUCUUCGAGAAAAUAAACAACAAAUGAUAUCCAUCAGCCCAGAAUCAUCAUUGCCUGUCAGGACCACAAGCCCUGUGCUUAUUAGGUCAAGAAGCCCUGGAUUAAUCAGGGGAAAAAGUCCUGGCCCUAUCAGAUCCAGAAGUCCGGUACCUAUUCGAGUCAGAAGCCCUGGACCUUACAGAGUUUCUUCCCCAGUGCACUCUCCUGAAAGCCCUCAUAGAUUUGACAUUUCCAGAUCUCGGCACAUUUUAACUUCUCCAAGAGGCUAUUCAAGAAGCCCACCACCUGCUCGGCUAAGGAGCUCAAGAAGUCCAAAAUACAGUAAAGGUGUGUUGUUACGACACAACAGGUCUCCUAGUCCAGGGGUCUCAAGACAUCACAGAUCUCCUAGUCCUGAGAAUCCAAGGCAUUGUCGGUCACCUAGUCCUGAAGUUGACAAUCGAAGCAAGAGGUAUAGAACUAAAAUACAUGAAUAUUCUGAGCGGAGACAUGAUUCUUACCAAAAAGAAAGUUCAAGACAUGAAUACAGCCAAAAAAUUAGACCAAGUUCCUCUCCUGUUAAAGAGUCCUAUAAAACAGGACAGUGGUCUGAUCAGCCUCAGUACAACCAGUCAGGAGACCAACAGUGGCAACAGUCUUACAGCAGCUACCAAAAUAAAUCUACAACUGGUCCUCCACCAACAGGCUUUAACCCUAACUAUCCACCACCAGGGAGUUACCCAUCUACUGGUUACCAAUCUCAAGAAAUGCCUAGUACCAUGUACCAGGGUGGAAGCAUAUAUCAGUAUAGCAACCCUAGCCAGUACAGUUAUGCCAAUGUAGCACACAGCACCCAAAGUCCUUACAUGAUCCCUACACCUGCCCCUCCAAUGCCACCGGCUUACCAGCAAGCAUUUAAUGUGAUCCAAUCAGCUAUGGCUAGCCAGGUUCCUCAGCAGGCCUCAUUUGAGCCUAGUUCCAGUAACAAAUCAUCCUCGUCAUCAAAGAAUAAAAAAUCUUGGUCCAUGGGAAGCAAUGCCAUAGUUUUCCAAAGAAUUCUAUCCAAUGAGGGUGGAAAAAAGAAAACACAAAGUGGUACAAUAGAGAAAAUUGCUGAUCGUAGUCGCCAGGAGCGGCCCAAACAAACAAAAGAUGUGCGUUGCCUGACAAAUGUGCAAGUCAAUAAGUGAUAUUGUAUUUCCCUGUGCAUUGCUUCAAUGUGUAUGUGUAUUCAGAAACUGUGGCUUUGUUCUCUACUGAGGUGCCAACACAGGAUGCCAAGAACAGUUCGCCAUCUUUGGUUUCAUGUAUUACAUUUUUAUUUCCAUUGAUCCACUUGUUUUAUAAUACCUACAUGGCAUUGUACAUUAUAAAUUUUACUGUGAACCCUUGAUAACACGAGGUCCUACCUCAACAGGGUGUGUAUCUUGGGGUGACAUAGCAUUGAAUAAAAAUGAAUGAAUUUAUAUUUUUGUUUUCAAGUGCUAUGUCAUAAAUAUUGUUAAAUCAUGAUCUUGCUAACAAGGUUCAAUUGUACUUUGUUUUCCGGUCCUGAAAAGUCUAUGAUUCAAUAGAUUAACCUUUCUAUUUAUAGUUCUAUGUCAUAAGAAUGCAGUUUAACAUUAUUACGUUUCAAGAAAACACAAAGUGUACAUUCUCAAGUUGUAGAGUUUGAGUUUAUAUUUCGUGUUCACUGAGUUCAUUGAUUUGAUAGAUGACUUGUUCCAUUCUUUUGUUACUAGAAACUGAGGGGGAACCUCAGCUUCAACAUAAAGAUCUAGACUUUGGCUUUGGACAUUUUGUUUUUUCUCUUCAUUAUUUCAUUUUUUUUUUUGGCUUGUCAUGUGCAGUUACAGCAUUUUGUCAUCCCUUUUGUUUCAAGAGGUUAUUAAUCAAAUCAAAUGUUCCUCUCCAAUUUGUUAUUAUACCAAACAUUUGUCUAGCAGUACAAUAACUGAGAUACUAUUGUAACUAUUAGGUUGGUUUAAAUUAUAAAGACAAAUUAAUAAAAUAAUUUAAUUCA